AUGUUCGGGAAAACAGACAAAAUGGACGUUCGGUGCCACACGGACGCAGAGGCUGCCCGGGUCUCCAAGAACGCGCACAAGGAGAGCCGGGAGAGCAAGGGCGCGGAGGGGAACCUCCCUGCUGCCUUCCUCAAGGAGCCGCAGGGCGCCUUCUCGGCGUCGGGCGCCACGGAAGAUUGCAACAAAAGUAAAUCCAAUUCCUCGGCAGAUCCGGAUUACUGCCGCCGGAUCCUGGUCCGAGAUGCCAAGGGGUCCAUCCGAGAGAUCAUCCUGCCCAAGGGCCUGGACCUGGACCGGCCCAAGAGGACGCGCACGUCCUUCACAGCGGAGCAGCUCUACCGGCUAGAGAUGGAGUUCCAGCGCUGCCAGUACGUGGUGGGCCGCGAGAGGACCGAGCUCGCCCGGCAGCUCAACCUCUCCGAGACCCAGGUGAAGGUCUGGUUCCAGAACCGGCGCACGAAACAGAAGAAGGACCAGGGCAAGGACUCGGAGCUGCGCUCGGUGGUGUCGGAGACAGCGGCCACGUGCAGCGUGCUGCGGCUUCUGGAGCAGGGCCGCCUGCUUUCGCCGCCAGGCCUGCCCGCUUUGCUGCCGCCGUGCGCCACCGGCACGCUCGGCUCAGCGCUACGAGGGCCCAGCCUACCCGCCCUGGGCGCGGGGGCGGGCGCCGCCGCGGGCUCGGCCGCCGCCGCCGCCGCCGCCGUUGCCACCGCCCCGGGACCUGCCAGCGCAGCGUCCCCGCACCCGCCGGCAGUGGGCGGUGCCCCGGGGCCGGGGCCCGCCGGGCCAGGGGGACUGCACGGAGCCGCGCCGGCUGCGGGCCACGGCCUCUUCAGCCUACCCGUGCCCUCGCUGCUCGGCUCGGUUGCCAGCCGCCUGUCCACCCCGUUGACAAUGGCUGGUUCGCUGGCCGGGAACUUGCAAGAACUCUCCGCCAGGUACCUGAGCUCCUCGGCCUUCGAGCCUUACUCCCGGACCAACAAUAAAGAAGGGGCCGAGAAAAAAGCGCUGGACUGA